CGUACUCUCACUUCCCGAAAGCGAGCGACUGUAAACAAAAAAUGGGUGUAAUCGAGGGUAUUCCGGUAGCGGGAUACAGUAUCUGGUUCAUCGUCAUCUGUCUGCUCCUUUUCCUCACCGCUGCGUCGCUCGUGAACAAUGUGAUUUACAAUCUCUACCAGCACCCACUUCACGGAAUUCCGGGACCAAAAAUAGCAGGUGCAACAUAUCUCUACCAGACUUACUACAGCCUCAGAGGUACGAGUACUUAUUACAAAAGAAUUCGGCAAAUGCACGCGCAGUAUGGCCCUGUCAUUCGGAUCACCCCAGAUGAAGUUCACCUGAGUGACACAGACAAUUACGAGAUCAUCAAUUGCGUUGGUACAAAGUAUGCCAAAUCCACACAGUUCUACGACGGUUUUACAAUUGGAUACUCUACCUUCAGCUGUGGACCAAUCGACAUCCAUCGCAUCCGCCGAGGAAUGCUGGAGCCAUUUUUCUCCCGCCGGAAUGUCAUGAACCUGGAAUAUAUUGUUCAAGAGCGAGCUCAGAAGCUCUCAGACAUUAUCAAAAGCAAAUUUGCAAAGAACGAAGCUGUUGAUCUGCAUCACACUUUCCGCUCAAUAUCCGUGGAUGUUAUCACCGAAUAUGCCUUCGGAUCAUGUUACAAUCUUAUGGACAAGAAAGAUCUUGGCGCAGAGUUCUUUGCAAUGGUCAGUGGAAUUGGUCCAUGUAUGUGGGUAUUCCAACAAUGGCCACUCCUGGCAAAAAUUGUCAUCGCCCUCCCACCCGGUCUCGUAAAACACAUCAACGGGCCCUUGAAACAAAUGAUGAAUCUGCGUGAGCACUGCCGAGUCCAAGUCCGCGCCGUAAAGGCCAACAUGGAUUCCGGCAAGAAACUUGACAAGCCUUCCAUCUUCCCAGCUCUCUUAGCACCGCCUGAGGGUAUCCCAGCUCCAAGUGUAGAGGAGAUCAAAGAUGAGGCGCUUAGUGUCCUCGCUGCCGCAGCUGAUACCACGGGAAAUGCUAUGACUGUCGCUGCGUAUAAUGUGGUCAAUAACCCGGAGAUCUAUAAACGGUUACGGGCCGAAUUGAUUGCUGCUUUCCCAAAUGCGGAUGACGAGUUAGAUUAUGCCACUUUAGAGAAGUUGCCUUACUUGACUGGAGUUGUCAAAGAAGGUCUGCGCCUUUCCUUUGGGGUUCCUGGCCGUCUAGCCCGCAUAGUCCCAGCUGGAGGCGCAAAAUUCAACGGGCACUUCAUUGCAGGCGGUUCAUUUGUCUCCAUGUCAUCCUGGAUGCAACAUCAAGACGAGACUUACUUCCCCAACGCUCUCAAAUUCGACCCCACCCGUUGGAUCGACCCCACUGAAGCGCGACGUAUCGACAAGGCAUUUGUGUCUUUUGGCAAAGGAAGUCGUGGCUGUGUUGGAAUCAAUCUCGCAUACUGUGAAGUAUACGUCAGUCUCGGAACACUCUUCAGACGAUAUGAUAAUCUGCUUUCGAACCAACUGACGGCCGAGGACUGGGAGUACGAUGAUUAUUUCAGUGGGUAUUCGCGGCCUGGAUCGACGAAAUUCCAUGUCACUGCUGCUCCUGCUGGUGGUGCAGGCAAGAACUGAGGAGUAAUCUCGAGAUAUCUGUUUCGGAUAGAUGUGGUCAUAGGUCCAUUUGAAGGUGAGGUGCAAAUCACGAGUUACGACGUUUGUCCAUAGGUUGUGGCUUGGACUGUUCGUUUAAUCGGGGAGACUAGGAUGUUCAAUAUUUAAGCAGAGCUAAGCAGAGUAUAUAGGAAACCAUCAUGAAGCUAAUCUUGAACUCAUAUCAAGGAUUUCAGGAAGUUUGAUGUGCCAUUUUACCAGCGCUACACCCCACGGCUCCCUGGUUGGUGAAAGGGGUGUUUUGAUGUCGAAAGACCAUUGGUAACGGUAGUGCGAGGGGAGUAGUAUUUGAACACGCUUCAGUGCAGUCUGUCUGAUAAUCUAGAAUUAACGCCCUCGAUUUCAUAAUCCUUCCACUUUAG